GGGAGGGCCAGGUGCGCGGGGUCGGAGCCUCCUGGCAGCCCGACCGGGAGGUGUUGCACUGAAGGUUCCCCGUCCGACUCGCCCCUUUUGCACCUCCGGAACCCGAGGCUCCGAGAGGAGACCAUACGGUUUUUCUAUAUGAGUAGAGAAGACAGUUGUUGCAGGUAAAAGACAACAUUUUUUAGGAUGUCUGAAGAUGAAGAAAAAGUGAAAUUACGCCGUCUUGAACCAGCUAUCCAGAAAUUCAUUAAAAUAGUAAUCCCCACAGACCUGGAGAGGUUAAAAAAGCACCAGAUAAAUAUUGAGAAGUAUCAGAGAUGCAGAAUCUGGGACAAGUUGCACGAAGAGCAUAUCAAUGCAGGACGUACAGUUCAGCAACUCCGCUCCAAUAUCCGAGAAAUGGAGAAGCUUUGUUUGAAAGUCCAGAAAGAUGACCUAGUGCUUCUGAGGAGAAUGAUAGAUCCUGUUAAAGAGGCAGCAGCAGCAGGGGCAGCAGAAUUUCUGCAGCUCCGUCAGGAAUCUGUAGAAGAACUUGAGAAACAAUUUCAUGAAGAAACUUUAUCACAGCCUUCUUUGACCAGAUCUAUGACUGUUGGUGGAGCAUUUCACACUACUGAAGCUGAAGCUGAUCCUCAGAGUAUGACUCAGAUAUAUGCAUUGCCUGAAAUUCCUCGAGAUCAAAAUGCUGCAGAAUCAUGGGAAACCUUAGAAGCGGAUCUAAUUGAACUUAGCCAACUGGUCACAGAAUUCUCUCUCCUAGUGAAUUCUCAGCAGGAGAAGAUUGACAGCAUUGAGGACCAUGUCAACAGUGCUGCUGUGAAUGUUGAAGAGGGAACCAGAAACUUGGGGAAGGCUGCAAAAUACAAGCUGGCAAUUCUGCCUGUGGCAGGUGCACUCCUCGGAGGAGCGGUGGGGGGUCCGAUUGGCCUCCUUGCAGGCUUCAAAGUGGCAGGAAUUGCAGCUGCACUUGGUGGUGGGGUGUUGGGCUUCACAGGUGGAAAAUUGAUACAAAGAAGGAAACAGAAAAUGACGGAGAAGCUCAUUUCCAGCUGUCCAGAUCUUCCCAGCCAAACUGACAAAAAAUGCAGUUAAAAACCAAACUUCAGUAUUAUUGGCUCCAACGUGUUUAUACUAAUGGACCUUUGUUGCUGUCGGACACUCAGCUUUUGGAACAUGAUUAUAUCAAGACUAGAGGCCUGGUGCACGAAAUUUGUGCACUUGGAGAGGGGUCCCUCAGUCCAGCCUGUGCUCUCUCCCAGUCCGGGAGCCCUUGGGAGAUGUCCAACUGAUGGCUUAGGCCCACUCCCCGCCAUCGGGUCGGACAUCCUUAGUGCUGCCACAGGAGUGAAAGAGGCUCCCGCCACCACCACUGUGCUUGCCAGCCGUGAGCCUGGUUCUGGGCUUCUGGUUGAGCAGCUCUCCCCCUGUGGGAGCGCACUGACCACUAGGGGGCAGCUCCUGCGUUGAGCAUGUGCCCCCUGGUGGUCAGUGAGUGUCAUAGUGACCAGUCCUUUCACCAUUUGGUCGAUUUGCAUAUUAGCCUUUUAUUAUAUAGGACAGUGGCUGUAGAUGCUCAAGUGGGAUUGGACUGUGACAAGUGGAUCUAUAUUUUUGUUUGCUGGAAUGUUAAUGGAAUUGAGGGGCCUGGGCUGAGGGUGUAUAAUGUUUGUCAGGUAGUUUGAAGACUGCCAGGGAGCAGAUUUUCUUCCUGGAAGUGUGAAAACUGAACCCAUAACUUUGAUAAGGACAUGUGAUGUGUGGACAUGUUGGGUUAUGAAAGAAUAGUUCCUUUCCUAACCCUGAUUUGGAGAUCCUAAGACUAAGCAUAUAUUAAAUAUGCUUUUUAUCUUCUAAAUGUAGGAGAUUAUGUAGGCCUGUUAGCAAAGAAAAGAAUGGGAGUUCAGGAGUCUUUCUUUCAAAUAGGAAAUCCAGAUCUGUCAAGGGCACAGGUGAAAUACAUGGUAGAGUCAUUGGAUGAAACUAUCGCAGUUUCCUAUAGGCCCACUAUAUUUUCUGAUGAAGGAAACUAAUAGUGAAAGAAAGGCCCAACUUCUCUUUUAAACAUCUUAAUCUGUGACACUGACUCUCUGAACUCUUCCCUCUGUCUCUCUUUGAAUAAAGACAAAAUCUCAAGUGGUAGGAGACAGUGUUAUUAAGCCAACUGUUUGUCAUUUUGUCUCUUCACAAAAGUAAUGCCCUCUGCCUUCCUUCCCUUGUAUUUUUCAAAAGUUCUUUGACUUGUGGGGUGAAUUCUAUCCAUGUGUAAUAAGGGUUUUUCUCAUAAUUUGCUUUUUUAAAAUAUAUUUUUUAUUGAUUUCAGAUGCAAAGGGAGAGGGAGAGAUAGUAACAUCAAUGAAGAAAGAAUCAUUGAUCAGCUGCUUCCUACAGGCCCCACACUGGAGAUUGAGCCCAUAACUCAGGCAUGUGUCCUGACCGGGAAUAGAACCAUGACCUCCUGGUUCAUAGGUUGACGCUCAAACACUGAGCCACACCAGCCAGUCCUAAUCUGCUUUUUAAAAAUUGUCUCCCAUCUUUAUUCAUCCUUUCCUAUAAUCUCUAGAUAAGAGAGGGAGGGAGGCAGGGAGAAAGAGAUCUCCAAAUUGUUAGAAUUUGAGCUAAAAUAUAAGCAGGCAGGGAAUAUGCCAGAUCAUUUCCUGGGGCAUCUUCCAAUCUCAAGUGGCUGAUGUACCUGCCACACAGGGAGUUUCUAACCCCAGGUCUUUUCAGCCAGCCCUUGGUGAAGCUAAGAACUAGCUUUCUACCUCAUAUCUCUUAUUACCAUCCUUUUCCCCAGGCUUUGCUAUCUCCUGUGCUUUCCUUCACUUUCACAGCUGCUGUUUCUUCCCAAGAGUGGCAUUCUGCUUGCCUUUUCUCAUAUUCAAGUUGAUGAUGGACAAAGCCUGGUGCCAACUCUCAGUCCUGAUGGAUUUGUGGUGCUAAUUCCAACACUUGACAUUGACAGCAAGCUUGGCCCAGCCCAACCCAGUGUCUAUAUCAAAGAGCAAAAAGGUUUUAAAUUUAGAAAGAAAGAAUUUAAGGUUCCAGGCAGCCUCACCCUUAACCUCCAAUUCAUUUGAAAUAGGAAAGAACCACCUUUUGCCUUACUCUUUUUUUCCGAGGACAGAGGAAAGGGUACCAACACCACAAAAGAUCUGCGCUUUCUCUGCUCAGGAGCCAGAGGCAUCAGGCAGCGGAAUGGUUUAUCAUUUCUCUCUUGCUGAGCUUACUUUUAACAACUGUUAUUGAUUGCUACCUUUUAUUUCUGUCUCUAAAGAGACCUUUCUCCUUCAUACUUUUUGACUCUUCUCACCAAUAAAUUCCAAAGAGAGGAAGCACCAUUUCUUAUUGUCCUUAAAUAACUGUACAAUAUCAAGAACUGUAUUGCUGCCUGUUGACUUGUUACUUUAAUACCAAGAAGGAAGUACUUUGAACAAGUGUCAGAUUCUGAUUCAGUAUUUGAUACUGAUACCUGUGAGGUUGGGAUAAUUACUUUUGAGCUCCACUUUUUAAAAUUUUCUGAUCUAUGUCCCUUUAACACAAGUCGUUCAAACCAGAAUGAGGAUCAGAAUUACUUGGGGUGCCUGUUUAAAAAAGAUUCCUAACCUUCAGUCCCACAUGUGAUUCUAAUGGUCAAUCUAGCCUGAUCAGCUAAGAUUACAAAUUUAAGACAGUUACAUCAAGAUUCAGCUGUAUCAUUGAAUUCUAUAAUUCCUAGUAUUCCCUUCAACAAUGCCCAGUCUUCAUCUCUGCAUAUUAUUCCCACUCCAUGCUUUAAAGCCCAUGCUCUUAACAUAACUAGGGAGUCAUUAUACUGUCAGGCUGUUUUUUAAAAAAAACAUAUUUUAUUGAUUUUUUACAGAGAGAAAGGGAGAGGGAUAGAGAGAAACA